AUGGUCACCACGACGGCGCCGCCGCCCUUCCUAGCUCGGAUCUCGGCAGGCACCGAAGACCCCCGGCGGCUGCCCUCUACUUUUCUCCAGCGCCUCAGGCGAGGGGACAGCAACUGUGAGAACCAGCCUAGCUGCUGCCUGGCAGGCCCGGGGGGCAGUGCGAGGCCCACACUGAAAAGGGUCCGUCGGAAGAAGGGAAAGGUCCGGCCCAGCCCCGCGGGGCUCCUGCCCAGCCGCUACCAACAGUAUCAACAACAUCGCACCGGCCUGGGGAGAAGGACCCCAUUGGGAGCGCACGGGUCAGGCGAGCUUCGCGCUCAUCCUACGCCAACAGCUUCAGCUGCCCCCGGCACAGGAAUGGUCGCCCCGGAGGAGCCGCCCACCCCGUCGAGACUUGCGCCCAGCAAACCCCUCAGGAAGGAGUUCUUAAAGAGCAAGAUGGGAAAGUCUGAGAAGGCUGCCGUCCCCUACAGCCAGCCCGUUCACAGCUUACAUCUCUGUGAACAACCAAAGAUGAACAGGCAGAAGAGUAAGUGUAGCGCGCCGCUGACAAAGAUCACCACCACAAAAAAGACAGAGAACUUUUGGCAAGAUUCUGUACCGCCAGAAAUAAUUCAGAAACAGGAGAAAAAGCCACUUAAAAACACAGAGAACUGCAGAAAUGCCAAGUCGAAGAAACCUAUCACCCUAACUGAAGUGAGCCAAAAAGAGAAUUACGCUGGGGCAAAAUUCAGCGACCCACCGUCGCCCAGUGUCCUUCCAAAGCCUCCCAGCCACUGGGUGGGUGGCACAGCUGAACCCUCUGACCAAAACAGGGAGUUGAUGGCAGUCCAUUUGAAAACUCUCCUAAAAGUUCAAGCAUAGUUUCCUAGAGCUCUUUGGCAAAGCAAAUCCUCCAUCCAGGAAACUUUUGAAACAUGCCUUGUUGCAACAAAAUUGCAAGAGACUUGUCAAGUCUUAAAAACAAACCAACCAACCCACAUCUAAACCCAACAACAACAACAAAAAACCCUUGUAUUAUAUUUUUUAUGGUUGUGUAAAUAGUGUACAUCAUGUAUUAUGUGUAUAUUCUUGUUCAUACUUUGAGAGGUACAUUUUAGUUUUGUUAUGAAAGGAUGUAUUUUGCACUGCCUGAAUGGUAGAUGUCUUGUAUAUAAAAACAUGGACAAUGUUAAGUGUGUGCUUGACAUGUGAAGACUUGACUUGGUUUGCACAAGGUAAUGAAAAUUUUGGAAGGAGAGUACAGCUUUCUGAUUUCGAGGUUCCAGAUCAAAUGUGAAUGUUUUAUUCAUGCACUACUGACAAUAGUUUUUACAUUCUUGUGUCCCAGCAAAAGACAAAAGUGGAAUUCUCAUACAAAUGUGAAGUUUUCUCCUCUGCUCUGGAAACUGUUUAUCUGGAAUUCAUCUGUUUGCAUUUCAAAUGAACUGGAAUUUGAGUGAAAUUCCAACCCAUCGAUUGGAGCACUGCUGAUUUAGUUAAAAAAAAAACCAAACCCUAAGAGCAGAGCUUUCUGCCAACAAUCCAAUUGGUCACUAAAAAAUUAAAUAAACAAUUUGGCCUCCCCUUAA